CCCCCCCCCCCCCCCAUCUGCACGGAGACAGGAAAACGCCAUGGCAUCGGACGUGAUCGAGAGUGAAGCGGUGCUGAAGGGUGUAAGCGAUGUGGAUUUGAACAAUAGAAGCCCAGAUUGUGUCACACCCAGGAGGACUCACGAGGAGCCGGGAAACAGACUGGCGUCUAGUCCCUCGUCCUCUGGAGUGUCGGGAGAAGUUGACGAGGAGGAAUUAGGCGAAUUAGAAUAUAGCACUGCUUCUACAGUUGAACAUGGCGAAGAGGCACUUCAAGAGAGUCUGUCCAAAACAAGAGGUAACGUUACGCCACAGGAAAGGACACCUCCGGACAAUGAGCAGGAGCAGCCGGGAGCAAGAAGCUCUACCCCGGUGAGCCUUCCCCAGCCCCGCUCACCACCAGGGCCCAUCGGAAGCCUAGAGCGCCAAGAGUCAGUCGCCACAACAGAAGCACGCCUAAGAAUGGAAGGAGUUGAACUGAAGGAAGAGUGGCAGGAUGAGGACUUUCCACGGCCCCUGCCGGAGGAAGAGGAGCUUGAAGAUGAGCUUUUUGCAGGACCGUCUGAAGAAAUAGACCCUGGCUAUGCAGAGGACCACGGCAAGAAGGCAAAGAAGAAGCUCGCAGCUCCUGACAUCAGUCUUACACUUGACCGCAGUGAAGGUUCUCUUCUCUCUGAUGAGCUGGAUGAAAGUACAGAGCUGGACCUCGACGACAUAGACACGCCUUCAGACAAUAGCAAUGAGUUUGAAUGGGAAGACGAUCUCCCCAAGCCGAAAACCACAGAUCUGCUUCAGAAGGGGGUGGAGUCGGUGCAGCAGUACUCCGCCUCGGAGGAGAGGGAGGAGGGGCGGCGCUGGAGGGUGUUUCGUAUCGGAGACCAGGAACACAGAGUGGACAUGAAGGCCAUCGAACCUUACAAGAGGGUUAUCAGCCAUGGAGGUUACUAUGGAGACGGUCUGAAUGCCAUCAUUGUGUUCGCUGUGUGCUUUAUGCCUGAAAGCAAUCAACCAAAUUACAAAUACAUCAUGGACAAUUUAUUCAAGUAUGUCAUUGGCACGCUGGAGCUUUUGGUCGCUGAGAACUAUAUGAUUGUGUAUUUGAACGGGGCAACCUCUCGGAAAAAGAUGCCAACUGUUGGCUGGCUCAGAAAGUGUUAUCAGCAGAUUGAUAGGAGGUUACGGAAGAACUUGAAGUCUUUGAUAAUUGUCCAUCCCUCUUGGUUUAUUCGCACCCUGCUGGCACUCACAAAACCUUUCAUAAGCUCCAAAUUUAGUCAGAAAAUCAAGUAUGUGUUCAGCUUGACAGACCUUGCCGAACUGGUUCCAAUGGAGUAUGUGUCCAUACCAGAUUGUAUCAAGCAGUUUGACGACGAAAAAAAUAGGAAAAGCCGUAAAAGAAUUGACCAGGACAUGCACGGCAAAGUGGAGAUCGCAGCUGCUGCUGUUCCAGAGUGACCCUGCUCGCACUGCAAGAGGAGGAGGAGGAGGAGGAGGAGGAGGAGGAGGAGGAGGAGGAGCUCUCCUACAGCCGUGACUCUUUGCAUCAAGAAAGUGCCUUUUUCAAACUAUGCUGCUUGUCGCACCGUGGAAUGUUUUACAGCCUAAUCUUAAGCAUUUUUCACACAUGCUGUCUGAAACAUUUUUAAUUUAAAAAAAAAAAAAAUUCCUGAAAUAUCAUGUACUUAGCUUAUUGGUGUUCCCUAGUUACUGGUGUAUUUACACGUUAUUUAAAGCACUCUGUUACAAGUGGUUGAUGCAUGUCCUGCUUUAUUACAUUUCAAUAUAUAUUUAUAUUCAAAAGGUGACAAAGGAGAGAAAUUAAUAUAUUUUUAUGGUUGUUCUGAUUUAUAUAAUGCAUUUUAGGUCUCUGACCCAUUGACUGGCGUUUCAUAGAACACGUUUUGACAAACACCCUUUUCAAUGUUCACUGCUGAUGUUCUCUAUCAAAAUCGUGCCUGGGGAAAAUAAAGGUUUGGUUGUUUUUUCUGCGCCUCACUUGAACGUUCCCUCUGACAUUUGUGAGAGCAAAGAUGGAGGUCUUCAUUUUACAUUUUCUUCAAGUAAAGUAAUUGAUCUACA